UAUGACUCAGCCACUGGGUUCAGAUGGGGGUGGAGAGUAUGUAUGUACAAGAGGAGCUCUGCUGCACAAACAAUUUUCACUGUCAGCUCUUCUGCUGCUUGGGUUUGUCCAGUUUUCCCAUUAAAGAACCUUCAGAUAGACUGUCAGAGUGAUUUACGGAUAACCCAAAUGAGUGCUAAUCAUCAUGCCAAUGGGAUGGAGAAGUCAAGCGAUCAAGAAUCUCUGCAGUUGACCGAAAACCUUACUACCAGUACUACCCAUGAUCUGGGGGAAGGCAAGUCAAAACAGAGCAGCCACACUCUUACUAUUUCUUCACAAUUCAGAAAUCACGACACAGAGCGCAGAUACUCCUCCCAUCCAGGAAGUCCACAAUGUUCAAAUAAUCCUGAAGAAGCUCAAGGCAUUUUCUUCCAAGCAGGGGGUAAAAGAAACCAAGACUACUAUACUACCCAGGACCAAUUUGGACACAGUUGCAACGGCAUGAACACCGCUCCACAGUUCCAAGCACCAGAGAAAGUGACUCUUGUCGUGGAUGGCACUAGAUUUGUUGUAAAUCCCCAGGUUUUCACGGCUCAUCCUGAUACAAUGUUGGGGCGAAUGUUUGGUCCAGGACGAGAAUACAACUUCACUCGGCCAAAUGAGAAAGGGGAAUACGAAAUUGCAGAUGGAAUCAGCUCCACGGUUUUCCGGACUGUGCUGGAUUAUUACAAAACUGGAAUUAUUAACUGUCCUGAUGGGAUUUCUAUUCCUGAUCUCAGAGACACAUGUGACUAUCUUUGCAUCAACUUUGACUUUGACACAAUCAAAUGUCAAGAUUUAAGUGCAUUAUUGCAUGAAUUAUCUAAUGAUGGGGCUCACAAGCAGUUUGAUAGCUACCUAGAAGAGCUAAUUCUCCCUAUAAUGGUGGGCAGUGCCAAGAAAGGAGAACGUGAGUGUCACAUUGUGGUAUUAACAGAAGAAGACAUAGUGGACUGGGAUGAAGACUACCCACCUCCAAUGGGAGAGGAAUACUCACAAAUUGUGUAUAGCAAUAAGCUCUAUAGAUUCUUCAAAUAUAUUGAGAAUCGGGAUGUGGCGAAAGCUGUGCUGAAAGAACGUGGCCUGAAAAACAUUCGGAUUGGCAUUGAAGGCUAUCCCACCUGUAAAGAGAAAGUGAAGAGGCGGUCUGGAGGGCGCUCAGAAGUUAUUUACAACUAUGUGCAACGUCCAUUCAUCCAGAUGUCUUGGGAAAAGGAAGAGGGGAAAAGUCGCCAUGUUGAUUUCCAGUGUGUUAGAAGCAAAUCCCUAACAAACCUUGUGGCGGUGGGUGCCGAUGUAGCAGAAGACCAGGAGAUUGUGCUCCAUCACCCUCCCCAGGUAGACGAACUUGACAGGUUGAAUGCCCCAUUUUCUCAAAUGGAUUCUAACACUCUACCAGAUUAACAUUUUUGCUGACUGCAAAGAUGUCUCAACAGAUUUGGUUGAUGUACUGAACUAAAUACCUAGGGUAUCCUGCCAUCAGUUGUCUUAUAACUGGAUCUCUUACCAGCUGUUUUACUCUUGAGUGGCUUUAAACAGAUUGGACUGAUAUAAUUUUGCCUGCUUUUGAGCACCCCAAGCAUUCUCCAAGUAGCACCUGGACCUGAGACUCAGUUCUGACCUCAUCUUUGACAACAUGAGCAACUCAGCUGAAAUGGUAUGUGUUAUCAGCAUCAACUGAAGAUGGUGGAUUGGAUUCAGAUUGGCCAUUCCAUGAAUGGAAAGACUCUUUCUCUUCCCCAGAAAGCCCUGGAUUUUAUUGGAAGCAAUGUUCAUUCACCCCUCUCUGUCCCUGUAGACUUUCAUACUUUUGUAGAAGGACCCCACCGUCUGAUCAGUUUUCAGGAGCUAAAAGGCAUUGGAGGGAGGAGUCCCAAAAGUUGCCGCCUUGCCCCUUCUUUUUUGGGCAAGGGUGGCAGAGUUGGGUGAUAGAUUUGUAUUGCAACCUGGCAUUUUGAAGGCAGGCACAUGCAUACUGGGACCAAGCUUUGUGAAAGCUGUGAUAGCCCUCUCCCAAUAUAUUGUGAGGCAGAGUCCCAACCUUGCUAUCUCAAUCUCCAUUGAGAGUCCCGUCUCCUAAAUGUAGCAAUGAAGAUUCUGAGAGAGGAUGGGAAUCCUUGGGACUUCUUUCAAGACAGAUUAAUCCUAUGGGCUAAUCUGUCUUGAAAUAUUAGCCCACCUGCCUCCUCCCUAAAGGCAGGUGGAAGUCUAUUGAACUUUACUUCUGAUCCAGUCCAAUGAAUCCUUUCAGCAAAGUUGUGUGCAAUCACACAGAAUUAAUUCAAGAAUUCCAGAGCUGUUUUCUAACUUUACUCCUUCAGCAUCUCAUAUUUCAAUUUUAUAGACCACUUAAUCUCGGGGAGAUGCUGAAUAGAUAACACUAUGUACCAUGACUUUUGUUCCUGGGUUAUAAAUGUCAUUUCCUAAUUGGUUCUAUCAUAAAAACAUGGAAAAUUUUAUUAAACUGCAAAAACUUUUGUGAGACUUCCUGCAGCACAUUUUUCUAUAGUUUUUCAAUGAAUAUUUCAUAGAAUCUCAAACAAAUCAACAUAGUUUGUGGUAGCUGCAAAAAUGAAGUUUCUUUAGUAUAACAACUACUUUAAAAGUAAGUGCCGCACAAUAAAACAGGAAAUAACACUUUCAAACCAGGAACAUAACAUUUUUCAAUUUUUGUUACAUAGUGUAAUAAAAGUGCAGAUACAGGGGUGCAGAAUCUCCUAGUUUUGGCUCGCACACACAAAAAAUUGGAUCUGAAGACAUUUACAUCAUUUUCUGUAAGCUUCCAGUGAACUUACAUAGCUUUGGUUCUUUAGGAUGGAGAGGGUAGGUUUCAAGGAACAAAAUGCCAGGCUGCGCCACCACAAAAUGCUGCAUUUUCAACUCAGGGCAAAGUUAUUAUUGUCCGUGUAGUCUAUCCGUAUUAUAUAUAUGCCAUAUUUUGUAUACAAUGACUAGUAAAUUCAGGCAGAAAGUGAUGAAUUAGUGAAACCUGCAAAGUACUCUUGAUGUAUACAUGUGCAAAGAACGUCUGUAUUGUUGUGUUGCAGUCUGUAGUUUGUCCUUUCUUCCAAAAGUCCUGUGAUUAAAUAAUAAUGCUUUAAGGUAACAGUGUCUUUGGCAUUCUAUAGCUUUGUGGACCGAAAGACCAGGUGCUUUCUUCUUCAGACAAAGGACUGUCUCUUUGAUCUUCUGAAAGAAUUACACUGGCAUAAAAGCUGAUAAUGCAGGUGCGUUGCUUAAAAAUUCUGCUUUUUCACUUGCAUAUCCUGGUUACUACUUCUAUCUAUGUUGCUUUACAGCUUACAUAUUAUGAAAGGAAGCAAUGUAUUCUUGUGUUGCUUUUUCCAGCUUGUAAAGCAACAUCGAUGAUCUGAAUUGAUUCAGCAAAGGGUGCACAGCAUGGUUCAUAGAACAACUUUAUUUAGAAUGCAUACAGGGAAAUGUUUCCCAUUUUUAAAAUCCUAUGGAUGAAAGCUGAUCACAUUUCUUGCUUCUAUACAUCUUUCCAUGUAUAAGGUGUAUUCUAAUGGGUAGGUGUAAAGGAUAAUGCACAUUCAGUAGGUCAUGUAUGAAGGUAGUUAUCAGAUGGCCUUGCUGAAUGUCUGACCUGACUGUUCUGUAGUGUCACUGUAAACAAACCAUCAUUCUGUGCUUGCUCAUGCCAGCUCAAUCGUUCGUUCUAAAACUCAAUCACAUACAGUAGCAGCAUUCUCUGUAAAGCAAAGAAAAAACAUUUUCUGAAUUAUAAUCUUUCUUUUGAAAAAAAAUCUAAAGCAGUGGUUCUCAACCUGUGGGUCCCCAGGUGUUUUGGCCUACAACUCCCAGAAAUCUCAGCCAGUUUACCAGCUGUUAGGAUUUCUGGGAGUUGAAGGCCAAAACACCUGGGGACCCACAGAUUGAGAACCACUGAUCUAAAGUGCAAUGGAAGACAUAAAUGUUGGACUAAAGAAUAAGCAGAGGAAUUUGGAGACUUCAGUGCUUGAAACUAGAAGAAUUACAAAAAAUACUUUUGAACAGGGAGAUGCCUCCAAGCACCUCAAUUUUGCAGACUCAAAACACCAUCUCUGUAGGACCACAUCUGAAACUACUUGAUUCUGCCACCUAACGAAAAUAGUUUUGCAAACGCAGAGAGGGGAAAAAAACCUCAUUUUACAUUUUCUGAGAAUGAGUUGCCCUAGGCUGCUAUUACUUUCAAUGAGGUCAUGGUCUGCUUAAAUUCUGCAUCCCUGCACUCAUGACUUAUUAUCAUGUAUGAGUCUAGAAUUUGUAAUCAAAAAAUCAGCCUAAAUAUUUCGGUUGACUUAUCCAUGGGUCAUUGUAAGUACAGUAUUUCAGUUCUUAGUGAAAACAGAACAUUCUUCUCUAAGUGGCAAAAGAGAAGUGCUUAAUCUGUCUUGGAAAAACCUAAAAGCAGCACUGGCUCCCUGUAUUCUGCUGCUGCUGCUAUUUAGAAAUACCUGGGCAGGAAAAUGACUGUGGUGGCUAGGUGGCUGGCCCUUGAGGCUGCACUGGCAUUGUCCCCUCUCCAUAGAAUGAGCCUGGAUUUACCCAUGGAACAUAUUAAAAUCCAUAAUAUUAGUCCCUAACCUGACCUUGAUUUAUACAUGGGGUCAAACUUGUACACAAGUAUAUAUACUAAUCAUUUCACUUUUAAGGAAUAUUCAAUCUGUAUUUAUGGACUUGUGCAGAUUUGAUUUGCUUAAAAUUUUCUCUUUAGGAAUCUAGAUACUUCAGUGUGCCUCUCUGGUCAACUCCCACACUGGAGGACCUAGAAAUUCCUAAAGAUGCUCUAGGUCUUCCAGUGGGAUUCUAUAGACAACUUCCAGCAGAGGAAGUAUCAUGCUGAAGACCUAGAGGUUCUUAGAAAGCUGCUUUCUCAUAUAGGUGUUUUCUAUUUGUGUUUUUCCCACCUUCAUCUCAGCCCUAACUCCAGUGAAUGUGGAGGGCUUAAUGUAUUUCUGCUAAGGGGAAAUAUCACGUAUGUACUCCUUAACUGCCUUAAAAGUACAAAUCAAUAUUUUUCAUUUCAAAAUUAUUUCUAUAUUCCAGAUUUACAAGCUCAUAAUUUCUGUAGUUGUUGAUGUAAGAGCAGCUCACGUGUGUUUUCGUAUUCUGAAUAAAGUGCUUCUGAUCGGA